AUGUUCGGGUCUGAGGUGGACACCUUCGAGAGGGAAACCUUCGAGUACCCCCAGAAGUGCUCCUGGACCGUGUCGAACGUCACAUUGGGAUCGGAUAUUAUCAAACCGCAGUUGCGACAAUAUCUCAGGAACACCGACGUGGUCAUCUACGUCCAUGAUUGCGACCCGCGGUUGGAUAGCAGCCAUGAUCGGACCCCAUACCUUCAUCUGUGGGUCGAGCUCAUGCUCGAGAGACGCUGCCAAUUCCUCUAUAUUGUCCCAAACAAGCAAGAUUUGUUAUCGUCUGACCAAGCCCGAGACGUUGCCAUCAAUCUGCCUAAGCUCUAUGAGAAGGAACUCGCGAGGUAUAGCCGGGAAAUACAGUGGAGAAUAGCCGACCACAAGAUCAGCGCGAGAACGGGCGAAGGCGCUCGGGAAAUACUCAAUGAGAUUUAUGAUGAAAUUUCCAGGAGGAAGAAUCCCACAUCGAUUAGCUCUCCGUCGCCACGGCUCACAAUCUCCAGUCCCUGCCUUGAGAGACGUAUCCAAAGAGGAAGUUCGGUAUAUCCUCCCGAGGCUCCGGCUUUCUGGGCAUUGUUCACGAGUGCUGAUAUACCUUCAUGGGAUCAUCACGUCCAUCUCAAAGUGGCCUAUAUUCUUGUGUUAGAGUACAUGAAAUUCCAGAGAAACACGUUUGCAAUGGCGGAUACGUUACUUGCCCAUCUUCGGGUAUUAAGGCACAUUCAGCCCCAGAAAUUCCCAUAUAAGGAACACCGAACCAUGACGAUAUUCUGGCUCGUUCAGCUCCAAGUAGCAAUCAUAGACUACAGUCUCCACAACAACCUGGAUAGUUAUCCAUGUUGGCACGACUUUAGCGACAUCCUAUUCCAUCAACCUACACUACAGGACCCUCGUCUCUGGACAUCGUACUAUACAGAUAGUGAUCUCUUUGGCGGGAACCGCGCGUGGAAUAAAUGGGUGUCUCCCUCCCGUCAACCGCUGCCAGCUCUAGCACCACCCCUGGACCAACCUGCUUGUCUGCCGCUCGUCCAUGGAGGAUCCGGUCGCCUUCCGCGAUUUGCGUUUGCGGUCAUGCAGUAUAUAUGUGAGUCCUCUGCGGAUGAAACAAACAUUAUCGCCCAAGCACUGUCAGCCCUACAAACCACGACUGUCCGUAUGCGCGCCGUAGGCGCCGGGAUCCCACCAUACUCCAAAACACACGCCUGCUACUGGAUCCACAUGGUCCGUGCCUGUCUGCUGUCGUUGGAUCCUCUGGAGUCUGGCCGAACGAUCAAUGCCUCCCAGUUAACCUUUGCCGAAUUUGAUCGCCUUUUUCAGUUGCAGUCGGCGUCAUGGGCGGCUUACUACUCCCAGGCUACCUGGGAUGCCCUCAGGUCUCGCACUGAAUUUGUCGCGCCGGACAAGAAGGCUUUACCGCAUGUGCUCAACGUGGCCGGUUGUCCUGACCUGGAGAAGUUACUUGAUAGGGAGCUGGAGAGUAAAGUCGCAGAGAAAAUCUCACAAUCUCUGGAGGAUUUCUUGUCAGCUAUUCUAGCGGAGUCUAGAAAGGUCGAAAUUGAUACCCCGUCGUGCUGCGCUGAAGCGGUGGAUUGUGACUGGGGUAUUCCUACAGCCGGGUCUAAAACCACCAACUGGUAUACUUGA